UUAUUGAGUCCAUAAUUCACCUGCGUGUCCCUGUUGAUUUACRCCAGCGAGAGCGGAUGUGACUCUGCAUGUAGCCGACGGCUGUGGCAGCAAACAAAAGCGUGUGUGCGUGUGCCGUGCCAGUCAGGAGUAGACCCAGCUGGAAGUAUAUAAAACAACUGGGGCCACGGCGCAUGCAGAAGUCUUCACCAGAGGACCUGCGUGCAAAUCAGAGCCACUUCCCACAACAGCAUCAGACAGUAAUGAAGUGCAGCCAUCUCUUCUCCUGGGCCUUUGUGCUUGUGGCCUCUGGCACCCUGCUGGCCCACCCUAUCACAGAAUCGGCCGAGAUGCCCUAUCCAGGACCAGCRUCAGAGGAGGAUCGCGUUAUCGGAACGCUGGAUGACGAGUCUCUUCCUGAGCAAACGUUUAUGCCUCAGGAUGGUACAGCUCUCCGAUAUUCUACUUUUAUAUCUGGGGAAGUUAACAGAGAUGGUGUCAGGACAACAAAUCUGGUGCCAAGAGGAGUCAAGAGAGAGGUCUUAUUAGAGAAACAAAGUCUUCUGAAACCUUACAGCCGCUUGCUGGGCAUCCGUAAGCAGUUAAGGAAGAGAAAUGGAAAUUCUGAGUGUUUCUGGAAGUACUGCGUCUAAAAACCGAGCUAAUUGAAUAUCUGCCUUACAAGAAGCAGUGCUUAAUCCAGAGGGAAACAGAUGUUUGAUAUACUUUUAAAGGGCAGACAAAGCAAACAUCAAACUCCAUGCAUGCAUACAUUACAUGUUUCCAAGGCUCAAACCUUUACUUUCAGUCGAUUUACUUUUAAACUGUGGAAAGUCAUGUUAAGAUCUUUGUAUGUAUUCAAAGUUAUUUGAGAUGUAAAAAUCAAAUGCUACAAGGAAUAAAAGAAAAGUAUCAAAUAUGUUA